AUGUAAUUAAAAUAAAGAAAGAGAAUUGAUAUCUCAGAUGAUCGUAUUAAUUUGAUAUUUAUAUAUAAGCUCUCUUUUUCAAUGAUGAACCCAUACACAAAUUGAGGAAGUUUAAAUUGAAGAAAUUUGCAGAUUUAGAAACUCUAAUACAUCAAUAAAGUUAACGUAGAGAAUCAUUUAACUAAAAUGUGAAUUAAAAUAAGUUAUAAUAACAAUAUAAGAACCAAUCACUUGAUCAAGGCAAGAUGAUAGAUUAUGUAAAAGUUUAAAAUAAAGAGUAUUGAUCAAAAUAUGAUUUCAUAGGUUAAACAAAGUUAAAUUACAAUAAAAACUUUUGAACCGAUCCCGUAUACUAUAAGAUGAACCAUAAAAAAAUAAAGAUAAUAAUUUACCUUUCGUUGAAGUAAUUCUAUACAUUAUCUAUUAAGUAAUACCUUUUUAGAAAAACAUUUUAUAACAUCAUCAAAAGAUCUCAUCUUAAACAUGAAAGCAUUAAAGCCUCUUUAAAGAAAGUUGAGACUCUUUUAAGUGGCAUAGAUACAACUAGAGAUUAAUAUCCUUUGCUUUCACCUAUUGUUUAAACUAAAUAAAAUUAGAUCAAAACUUGUAGAAAUGAAGAUAAUUCAAGUUAUACUAUAAAAUCUCAAUUGCUUAAUGUAACUGAAUCACCAACUGUUAGAGAUAGAUCAUCUUCUCUUAAGUAAACUAUUGAGUAGAAUAAUGAAAUAAGAAGUAAUUUAAUAUAAUUUCUACAUUUUAGUUAUGAGGAGAGCAAAAGUAAAAGAAAUAAUUUAUAAAACUGAGGAAACUAGAGAACGAAGUAUGGCAGCUGUAAGAUAAUUGCUAAUUUAAAUAGAAACUAUCAGUUUAUAGUGAAAAACCAGAUAGUAUUUAGCCAACAAAAAAAUAAUUAUAAUAACUUAGAUUUAGAUGGGUUAGAAAACUAAAGUAUAAAAUUGAAUUACACAACAAUUAAAUGAAAUAAUUUAUGGAUUUCUUAGAAUAUCUAAAAUCAUCUGAAAUAAAAGUAACAAAUGAAGAUCAUUAAUAUUUAAAAUACUAUAGAGAUAAAUUAUUAAAUGGUGAUCAUCUUGUUGACUAAGAUUUUUAGAUGAUGAUCAAUGAUAAAAAUACUAAUGAAAUUGGAUAAUUAAUUAGAAAUUCGAUAGCUAUUGAAAAUUGA